CUCACGCCCGGCCCCGGUCCCAGCCCCGCCCCUUGCAAGGUCCGCGUGACGUCACCUCUGACGCCGCCUCUCGGCCUCGUUCACUCGGCCCGGGGUCGGGUGACAGAAGCCAAUGGUAUCUUUGUAAACAAUAACAACAAAAACGAUGCCGAAAAAGAAAAAGGUUUCCAUUGUAACUACUCCAACUCGGCCACUUGGAUGUGGUCCACCGCCCAGUACUUCGGCGGCGGCGGCUCCGGCUGCCGCCGAUCCGGCCCCAGUGCCUUCUCAGGCCUCAACCUCCACUUCAAUGGCUGCCGUGACUGGCGCUAUGGGUUCGGGGGUGAACAAGGAGGAGCUGCUGGACCGAAUGACGGAGAUGUUUUCGCACCUGGACCCGAGCGUCGUGUAUGUGGUGCUAUCUGAAUGUGACUUCAAAGCUGAUGAUGCAAUGGAUUCUUUGUUGCUACUAUCUGAUGCAGCUAAAGGAGUGAAAUCUUCUUGCUCCUCUGGGUUUGAAUGUGUGACGGCUUCCCUAAAUGAUCAAGUUAAUGGGGACAAUGAGGUAGUCAUGAAAGACUAUGGACAUAAUUCAGCUGCUUCUUCUGAAAGUUUUGAAUGGGAUGAAAAAUUGGACUCUUCAAUUGAAAUUGAACUGGAGAAAUAUUGCAUGAACACACAGUGUGAGCAAAGCAUGUCUUUUUGUCAGUUCCAGCCAUUUAUGAACCACUAUAACUUGCCUAUUAACCAGUUUUCUAAUAACUAUGUUGGUGAUCAAAUGCCUCAACAAAUUCAAUCAAAUUUGAACACUGCUUUGAAUAAUGUGUCCCUUCAGCACCAAACAGCCUUGUAUGGCAGCUUACCCCUCAGACCAUUAUCAUAUACAUUGAAUUCCUCAGAUUGUGAAGAAAAUGUGAACCUUUGUUUCAACAGUGGAAGUAACAUAAUGCAGAAAAGAUCAGAAAUUCAGUCAGAAUAUAAUAAUUUCCCUUUGGAAGACAUUGAAAAGCCCAGCAAAAAUCCACCUGUUGAGGAUGGAACUGAGAGGAUUAUAUUUCCAAGUAGUAUAAGAACAGAUAAUACAAAUAUAUGGACAAAUCAAAGUGAAAGUCAUGGCCUGUCAGCAGCCAUUUCUAUGAAUAUUGGUGCUAUUGGCUCAGAACAAUUUAGUCCAAAGUAUGACACAUUUCCAAAUGCAGUGAACCGCCAAGAUCAACACUUGCAGAACAGCGAUGUUUCUGAUAAAGCUGUAGCAAGAUUUUCUGGUGCAGAUGGAAAUGAAAUAUGGCUUGGAUCAAAAAAAGAGAGAUCAUCUUCAAAAAGCUACAAAUUAUUUGGCGAACCUGAAGCAUUUAAAAGAACAAAUGAAUUGCUACAAAAAGACGGCCCUCUCUCAAAGAAUUCAUUGGAAAAUAAAGAGAAUGUUUCAAAAAAUAUGCAACAGAAUACAAGUUUUCCUUAUUGGUUUGAUAUAGGGAAAGCUAACAGUGGAGAAAAUCUCCCGAAAUUAACAAACCAUGAUGAAGCAAGUUAUCCUCAAUAUUCUAACAAUGUACAUUCUGUGCAUAUUCCAACCACGUCUCCAGUCUCGUGGAAUCCAUGGGCUCCUGAGUUCCAACCAAUGAGCAUGGCAAAAACCUUCAUUACACCUGUGGCAGCAAGUCCUCUGAAGCCAAGGCUUAAUGAUACUUCACCAUGGAAACGUACUGGACCUACAUCCAGUCCUGAUAAACUUCAUUCAAUUAGAAGUUCAACUUCUGGUAGUUUGCUUUCAAAACCAUGCUUAAAUCCAUAUCUCAUACACCAAUCACAGACUUAUGAACAUCCACUUCCACAGUUCAUGAACAGAAAAGCAAUAGCUACACCCAAAUCGUUGUUUUUGAUGAGGGGCCUGCCUGGAUCAGGAAAAAGUACACUAGCCAGACUGAUUGUUCAACAGGGCCCUAAUGGAAUAAUUUUAAGCACUGAUGAAUACUUUUAUCGAAAUGGGCGCUACCAGUUUAAUCACAGUCUGAUUGGAGAAGCUCAUCAGUGGAACCAAAAGAGAGCCAAAGAAGCCAUGGAGAAGGGUUUAUCUCCAGUUAUAAUAGAUAACACAAAUACGCAGUCUUGGGAGAUGAAACCGUACAUUAUUAUGGCUAUUAAAUACAAUUAUAAAGUUGCAUUUCGUGAGCCAAAUACUUGGUGGAAGUUUAAACCACGGGAGCUUGAACGACGGAAUGUUCAUGGUGUGUCAAAAGAGAAAAUUAAAACAAUUUUAGACCAUUAUGAGCGUCAUGUAACGAUUAACACAGUGAUGGCUUCAUCACAACCUACCUUCCCAGAAAAAAAAGCCGUAGAGUUGUAUCCUGCUGAAGAUGCAGAAACCAGUGCAAUAACUGGAGCAGUAGGACCAGCAAUUUCUCCAAACCGUCAAGGUUCUCCUAGUUCACCGAUUCCAGUUGUAAAUUAUCCAGAAGAUUUCUCAGCAAUCAAAACAGAUGUAGCAUCAACUGAUAACUUACAACAAUGUUCAGGGUCAUCUGCAGAUUUUCCCAGUGAAAGUAGACAAUGUGAUGAGACUGGACACAAACCUGAUAAUGGUGCAAGAUAUUCAAUAUUUGUAAGAGGUGAUAAUGUACAAAACACAGAUCAGACAUCUGGAUCAGAUGUUAGCAAUUAUAAUUUCUCAUCUCAUUCUGAAAUAGAAGACAAGAAAAGCGAACUAACAGUAGCAAGUGUUGGAUGUGAGACUGAGACAACAGAAAGUACCGGCCAGUGUGGUACUUUAACACCUGAUAAUUUACCAACUGUGUUUAGUGCAUCAUUUGAUCAAGAAAUCAGGAAGGAAAAAUGGCAGAGUGCUGAGAGUACAGAUAGUGAAAGAGUAGGAAAACCAAAACUGUCAAUUGAAGGGGACCCCUUAGGAGGGGAGCCCUCAGGACUUGCUAAGGAAGAGUCAAGCGUUCUGGAACAGUCCAACAAUGUUGAAUCCACAUCUUUGAAUUUUGUUGGAGAUUGGCCAGUUAUAGAAAUAUCGAAACCUCAAGAUCAAAGAAAAAGACGAAUUAGGAAGGCAUCAGAACUAACUAACACAAAUAAGGACAACGUAAAUCAGUCCAGUAAUUUGGAAUUUGUCAAUCCAAAUGAUUCGUUAAAAAAUACUACUCUUAGCUUAUCUGAGCAGGAGAAUGUAGAACCCCCAAAUGAAUCAAAUGGUUCACAGGUUUCAAUUGAUUAUUUUGAUGAUGAUAUACAAUCUUCAGCAAUUGAAAACUUUACUCUGGAAAGCAAUCAUGAAAAUAGUGAGGAUCUUGAAGGUCCAGAAACUUCUGAAGAGCAAGUUUCAGAAGCUACAUCUGAAAAGCACAUGAAUAAAAUAUCUUGUCCGAAUAGAACACUGGGAAAAGAAUGCAAAUUGACAUUAACAUUCACUAGUAACAGCCCCAUCUUGGAAGAGUUUCCUGAGCCUAUGCCGUUAAGUUCUGAUCAAGUGGAAGACACUGCUGUAAUUCCAGAGAAGUCAACACAAGCCAAUUCAACUCAAACAACUUCUGAUGAUUUUGCUAUGUUGUGGAAAAUUGAGAAAGGAAGUGACCAUUCUAUUGAAUUUAAAAUAUUGACAGGAACUUCAAAUGGAAUUAAACCAACUGACUUAGAUGCAAUACCAAAAUUCAUAAAUACUAGUGUGUCUGUGCCCUACAGAGUGAUGCAUGACAAAAGCACAUAUGUAGAUGAAAGUGACUUUGUGAGUCAUGAAGAAAACCUUCAGAUACUCAGUGAUUGUUUUAAAGGUAUUCCCUUUGAUGACUUGAAUGAUUUAUAUGAGAAAUGCAACAAAGAUGUUGAAUGGACAACCAAUUUAUUGCUUGACUCUGGUGUGAAGCUUUCAAAUGAAAGUCCAGUGAAUAAUCAGUCAGGUUUAGACCUUACUAGCAGCAGUGGGCCACAAAAGAGUGAAGCAGCUCAAACAGAGAAAAUAGAUUUAAGUGAAGAGUCACAUCACAGAUCUACAUACGAAGCAAAUCAGUUGUCCAUUUCUACUAAGAAGGUUAUAGAUGUACCUAGUCAGUCAGCACAGACAAAUACAGAAAAUGACACUAAAGAAUGUGUACAGUCUUGCCUUGACCUUGAAGCCGUAAACCCAUUAUCUGACAAUACUAGUGAAGCUGUUCUAGAUGAAGAACUGAAAAGUAAAAAUGAUAUAUUAAGCAAUUCCAAACUGACAUUUGAUAUUGACUGUGAACAGUUUACCAAUUCUAGUAAGGAAUAUAAUGUGGGGGAGCAACGGAAUGAAUCAAUGUUCGAGAAUAUGGUAAACAAUGAAGUUUUGUUCAUGAAAAGUGUCGAAGGUGAGGUAACUUCAAUUGGAAACAAUAUAAAGGAAACAAACACCAUUUCUGAAUAUACAGAUUCUAUAAUGUCGGCACGAGAAGUUAAUACCCAUGCAAAUAGUGUGAUAGAAAAUCAGUCCAGCUCUGAGGUAGGAAAAAUCUCCGUACAAAAGGAAAAUGGAAAAGAAGUGAAGAUGAUUGAAGAUGGAAAUACGAAUCAGGAUGGUUUAUGGAUGUACUCUGAUCCAAUGCAGAUUCAGUCUUUAGAAUUGAGUUUGCCACCAGAAUUGGCAAUUCAACUUAAUGACCUGUUUGGACCAGUGGGUCUUGAUCCAGAUUCUUUGACUCCAGAAGAAUGUGUUGUACAGAUAGAUAUGAACUUGGCAAAAAUUAUUCAUCAGAAAUGGAAGGAGACCAUAUUGGAGCGACAGAAGCAAGAAUCUCUGUCCUAUCAGCUGCUGUUGGAAGGUGGUAAUUUUUCUGAAAAUUUGAUUUUGGAGCUUGAGGGUGAAAUGAAGGAGGAAGAGCCGCGUGGUUCUUCUCCAUUGAAAAAUGAUGACAAACAGCCAAAGAAGAAGGCUGGAAAUAAGUUAACCCCUUUACCUGCUUCAUUCACUGCUAAGUCUGAUGGACUGGAAGAUCUUCCGUUUAUGGAUCAUUGGAGUGCUCGAGUUCCUAGUGUGUCAUUACGGGAUAUCAUGUCUGAGGAGAUGGAUUUUGAGACAAGGCAGCACCAGUCCUUCACAAAUUCUGUCCUGUCCUCAAAGGAUUGUGCAACUAAACUGAAGGAAAAACGUCUCUUUGAGAUGUUUCCAGGCAUUGAUAAACAUUUCAUUAUGGAUAUGUUUAAAGACAACAACUAUUCCUUUGAACAAACAGAAGAGUUUAUGAAGUCUUUAUUUGACUGUGAUCUGGAGUCAACAAAAGCUAUCAAAGUUCAUGAAGGUACCCCUCAAACUGAAUUGCCUGUGAGCAAAAAUAAAGAUAAGGCAGUAUUGACCAAAGAUAUUAAAGAAUCUCGAAGUGAACAUGUUUUCCAUAAUGUAGAAUACCCUGAUUAUGAAGGUUUUCGGAUUGAGGCAGCUCUGCAUAGACGCAAGCAGCAAGAUUUCUUCAGUAAGGCUGCAGCAGCUCAUGGAAGGAAUAUGAAAGCAGUUGCCACGUAUUAUGCACAGCAGGGUCAUCUUCAUGGUGAAAAGAUGAAAGAAGCUAACCACAGAGCUGCUUUAAACAUUUUUAAGCAAGUGAAUGCAUCAUUACUUCCAAAAAAUGUUUUAGACCUUCAUGGCCUUCAUGUGGCUGAAGCCCUGCAAUAUUUGGAGGAAGUGCUAUUCCAGAAGAUUAAUGAAUGCCAGCAAAAAGGUGGUAAAGCUUACCUUUCUGUCAUAACUGGGAGAGGGCGUCACAGCCAAGGAGGUGUAGCACGUAUUAAACCUGUUGUUAUUGACUACCUCAAACGCCAGAAUUUCAGGUUUACAGAGCCACAGCAAGGUGUUGUAAAAAUCAAGUUGAAGUGAAGGAUUUGUCAAGAAGAUUCCUUCCUUAUUCAACAGUAUGACACUGUCUCACUUAGCCUGGUAGCAUUAGUGUACUAUAUCAAACAUUUAAGGAUAUAGUGUUUUUUUAACAACAUCACUCAGGGAGGUCAUAUAACUGAAGACAGAAAAGCUUUUAAAAUCAACAUGCAGCAAAAUCUUUAAAAUUCUUGCUUUCUUAUUCUUCGGCAUAUCAAUUUAACUCCUACUGGGUUUUCAAAAGUUGCUUUCAUUUUCAUGAUCUCUAUUUCGAUUUGUGAUGAUUUGAAAUGUUGGGAUACAAGGACACAUGCUGCCUGUUCUGAAAUAUUUUGGGGUUGUAAAUUUACUCUAUUGCAUGUUGUAAUUAAAAGUAAUUUACAUUAGAAUGUAAGAAGUAAAGCGGGAAUAGGCAUCUGGCCCUUUGAUCCUGCUCUGCCAUCCACGAAGCUGCCGGACUGCAAAAUUGUUUGCUGAUUUGGAGUAAAACCAAGUGGAUCAAAAGUUUGAGAAAUUGUGUGCAAAUUCUGAGUAUUUUUAAGGAUUCAUAAACUUAAGUUUUAAUCUUUGUAAGUUUUUAACAAAGAAAGUUUGAAAAUGUGACACUCAAGAUUUAAAUAUAAAUUCUUCACUCUGCUGAUAUGUUAUUUAUUGCUGUUAUAAAGCAAUAAAAAUACAUUUUUUGGUUUAAAGUUUGACACUAAUUGUUGAGGUGGGGGAUGGGUUAGGAUUGGUGAUAAAGUGUUCGGUCAAGUAAAGUAAUUUGCAUUGGGCUGUCUGCUCUAUGUUACUUUCAUCCUCAAAGUAAGUAAAGUUCCAGUGCAGAAAAGAAAAUGCUACUGGGACUAUUUCUGCUUGGUUCAGCACUACCUAUCUGUGAAUUAAUAUUGUAAUCUUUACAAAAAACAGUAUUUAUGAAAACCUUUCACUUUAUUUAUUAGAAUAUUUAGAAGUUUAAUUGAAGUUUGAAUUUCAAUUGGCAAGUUUGCACAAGUUGUGUUGUAAUGACUGGUUAAGUUUGCAUUUUGUUAAAGUGGACAUUUUGUACAUUUACACCAUAAUGGCAAUUUAAUUUAAGGUCAUAAAUCUGCUCACAACUAGAUUCAAACUAUGCAACAAGGAAAUGAAAUUUACCCUGUUUUUCUAAGUUUUACCAAGCUUAGAAAUAUUAUUUCCAGCCUUCCCCUCUCUCUCCCACAUUUUGUGAAUAAGAAGAAUUGUGCAUUUAACACUCUUUUUUGACAAAAUACGUUAUAACCAUUUACAGCCUGAUGCUCACCAGUUCAAACUGAUUAAAGUCAAAGUUGUGUUUAUUAUUACAAACGUUGUAUAUACGCAAGUAUGUAUAUACACAAGUAUGUAUAUACACAUGUGCAGUAAAAAAGCUUACAUGAGCAGCAUCACAUUAGUAUAUAUUUGAAUUGCUUAACUAAAUACCUUUAAAUAUAAAAGAAUGACUUUUCCAGAGUUCCAGAAUCCCAAAGUGGUGAGUCUGAAUGCUGGAAUACUGAUUUUAACAUGAUCAUUUUAACAAUUAAAAUUUUCAUAUCAAGUUGUUCCUCUCCAAGACAGAUAUUAUUGUCUAUUUUCAACCUGCAUAUUAAGUAGAAGGCAUUUUCAUACUUUGCAUAGGAGUAACCUGCACAAGAUUCUCUCAUAUUUCAAUGUUCUAGCUGAUCUUUCUGUUGUCUAGUACAGAUAGAACACAUACAGGAAUUUGAACACAGACCCAAAUUCUAUAUUGCAGCACUUUAAAGUUGCAAUAUACCAUUUCCUUAGGCAGUAUUUGGUUUCUAGGGUUUUUUUUUGUUUCUGUUCUGUGUUCUCAAUAUUGUUCCUCCAUUUUGAAAGAUCGUGGACCAGGGGUUUGGAUGAAUCAUUGAAAUGUUCAUAUUUACAGAGUGAUCUUGACAACAGGACAGCACAGGAAUAGGCCCUUUAGCCCAGGAUGUCUGUGCCAGUUUUAACUAAUCCCAUCAGCACAUGGUAUAUAUCGCACCAAUCCCUGUCUGUUCGUUUGCUUACCUAAAUGGCUCUUAAAUAUUAAUGUCAUAUCAGCUUCCCCCACUUACUCUGCGUAAAACAAAAAGUCAUCUUCUAAAUCUUCUUCAAACUUACUCCCUUCACACUUUAAAGUUGUGUUCUCUAUUAUUCAAUACUUCCAUCCUGGGGGAAAAAAAGACUUUCUUACCCUAUCAGUGGAAAAGAUUCAAGGAAAAUCUUUGAAUCUUUUCUACUGUUCUCCUGGUGGUCCCUUACCAUGGCAAAGUGGGGAAUACUGUGUCUGAUUGUGAUUAUGAUGUCUUGCAUGUGGACAAAGUGGCUUACUCUUUGGAAUAAUUAUAGUCUCAAUGCUGGGAAUAGUGGCUUAGGAGAGGCUACUAGCAUUGGUUUGCUUUUACUACAAAUGAAUUUAAAGGAUCUUACAGAGAUGACUGUACUUCUCCAGUGCAUUGAUGUUCUGCUAUAAGUGGUCCAAUUCUUUGAAAGUCAGGGGUCACUGGUGCCCAGCAGACCAUAAGCUUUGUACUGGUUUCAAGGUCUUGAUUUUCAAACAUUAUUUCUCUUAGGAGACCAUGGUGCACUGAUGGCAGUGGUGUUUUCAGCAAUUGCUACUGUCAGAGUGCCAUGGUAACAUAGCAGUUAGUACAAUGCUACAGCUCUGCACAUUGGAGUUUGGAAUUCAAUUCUGGUGUCCUCUGUAAGGAGUCUGUAUGUCCUCCCCAUGGAAUGAGUGGGUUUUCUUCUUUAGUCCAAAAAGGUACCGGGUAGGUUAAUUAGUCAAUAUAAAAUGCCUCAUGAUUAGGUUAUUGUUAAAUUGGGGUUGGCGGGGUUUGCUGUGGCAGAGUCCCUCGAAGGGCAUAAAGGGCCUAGACCACACUGUAUCUCUAAAUAAAUAAAAUGUUAAUUAAUAAGUUGCAUUCAUUCAUAGGUAGUUCCUGAGUUACAGGAAUUGGUCCACAUUUUCCAAGGUCUCAUUGUGAACUUUUAUUGUAGAAUGAUGUUAUACAGUGGGCUCUGGUUUGGUUGAGAGUCUUUGUUUUGCAAAUAUUAAAGGUGAGACUUUAUUCUGUUUUAUGCUUCAGUUAAUGAGUUGAUGAUGAUUUGGAACUUCCACACAGGCAGCUUGAUGGAUAAAGCUGGUGUAAAUUCAUCUGUUUUCCACUUGCUGGUUACAAUGAGGUGCAACAUUUUUGUAUGAAAGAUUGAGAGAAACGUAGGGUACUUAUUUUGCAUAGUAUGAUCUGAACAGUGGCACAUCUUUCAAGUUUUCAUCACGCGUGUCAUUCAUGAUGGCAAAUUACUGCAGACAACCAAAUUUGAAAAUAAUGCUUCAUACACCCUCUUGAUCGAUAGUGUUGAGGCCUAUGUGAGAUUAAAAGAAAAGGGCCCAUGAUUGAUGCUGUUCCAUGCAUUCCAUUUGGAGUUGACAUGCAGUAAGAUCAUGUCCAUUGGGUGGAAUCCAGCUCUUCAGGCACUGAAAUGAGGUAGUUGAAGGGCACCCUGUUGAUGACUUUUCUUUUUGUAGACAGCCCUGCUGAAGCUACUGAAACCAGCUUUACCUCACUUCUUGAAAGCAGUCACGGUUACAGCAUCUUUAAGGUCCACACUCGUGUUUUCCACAUCGCCGACAUGGGAGAUAUUUUCUUCCCCCCUCUUGCGGCUAAACUUUCAAAAAUCAGCAUUAGAAGAUUGUCAGAUUUGUUCAAAUAACAAAUUUGAGCGCAAAAAUCACAUGCUAUAUUUUCAGCAUUUAAAAUGCAUGCUUCUUUGACAGUUGAAUUAGGUAGGAUGGAAGGUGGUCAAGCAGAUGGGUAUUUACGUAAAGAGUGGAAAUCAGUACUGAUUCCUACUUGUAAUAUUAGCAUGCAAAGAAGAAAUCUUGUUUUCCAGGUUGUAUGGAAUACUGCAUAUCUGAAUCUGUUUAUUGUUAUAGAAUGUGUAUGGGCAUCACUGUACCAUAGUGUUAUAUUACAUCUUGGGUGUUGGAGUUUGGAGUUCAAUUCCGGUGUAGGAAAUAGUUAAUUACUACUGUUCGUAAAUCACUUUCCAGAGCUUAAGUGCAGAGACAAGAAUAUUGAUUUUUUUAAAAAAGGCUUCUUGUUUAUUCAUUCAUUGUUUCAUUUACUUUUGACCUGUAAGAAGAAUUUUAAAUUAAGUACUCACUUCUUGGAAUUUUUUAAUGUUUGAGUGCUGGGGGGGGGGUGGAGGAGAUUUAACUUUGGUAGUAUUAGCCACCAUUUAUUGUCCUGUUGAGGUGCUUUCUUGAGUUAUAAAUUUUAUUUCAUUAACUGGCUGUUUUAUUAAUAUAGAAACAAAAAAACCCAAGAAACAUUUGAGCAACAUCUGUGGAGAAGAAUGUAGAAUUAUAGUAUAUUGUAACAAAAAUUUAUUUUUAAGAUUGUGUCUAUUUUAAUUUUCUUUUAAAAUGUUUUAUGGUAUUUGCUAGAAUAUGAUGGAAUAAUAAUUUUACAAGUCUUAUUACAUUCUCUAAGAAUAAUUGUUGAUAAACCUGCAGUUCCAUAUUUAUUCCAACUUAGUACUUUUUCACCCUCUCAAUUGUCUAUCUUUAAAAGAUAAAUAAGUAAAAAAAAAUCAAGAUACUUGUUCGCUAUGUAAGCUGUAAGAUUUUUUGAGUAUGAUCUAGCUUCAAAAUUUCAGUUUGCCAUGUCUUCAUCUAUCUAAUAAUGUUUAGUAUCAGUUCAUUCUUUCUCAUUUAACCUGAGAUGACAACCUUACAAAUCAGUAAAAUUGAAGCAAUGCUGCAACUACAAGCAUUUGUGCAUUGUAGAGAUCAGCCACAAGGGAGCUCUGACUCUGGAAUGGUGGUCUGCUUAGGAAACAGGCUUUUCAAACUUGGAUAGAUUAACUUCUUGUUAAAACCAGUUAAAGUGCAUUAAAAUACAUGUUUGAGGUUCCCUAGGCUCUAAUAAUGUAUGGCUUGCACUAGGAUGAAAUAAUACCACAUCCAGUGCAAAUUGAUACUGUAAUAGUUUGGUUAGAACUCAAACAGCUUUAAUAUGUUCAAGAGUCAGAUCAGAAUCUCCACUGCAACUUAUACUGCCCCAUUACCUUGCUCAGGCUGCAGACAAAUUUGGUUUAACAAAACUGGAAUACUUUUGUAUCCUAAAAUAUAACAAAACAAUAUUUUGUUGCAUUUGAGAUACACUGUCAUACAAACAUUAACAUGGUUGCUAAUUUCAGAGGUUCAAAUUUUGUCAAUUAUUAAUCAAUUGCAAGUUAAAAAUAAUGAGCAGUGUACUUUUGAAAUAAACGUGUGCUGCUUGCCACUGAAAGGUUCAUUAUCAAAUUUCUUGAAUUUAAAAACUGCAUUUUUCCUAACCAGAUGUACAUACUGCCAUCUUUAGACUACGUUCGCCUUUCGCAUCUGCCACAUAGACCAAAAUAUUCUGUAUUUAUACAUUUAUCUGUUUGUCAAGAGGUGUAACAAAAUACUGGAAGUUUGUAAAUUCUUUGUAAAAUGUUUUUAUAAUUUUAAUGGUUUGAAAUCUGAAAUUUUGUACAUUAUUAUCAAUCAAAUGUACUUUAUUUUUCCAGAGUGUUAUAUUUUAAAAAUUGUUUUCAAAUAAAAAGCUG